AUGAUAUCGUUAGUUGUGUUUGAUCAUGCCGAAAUGAAAAAAAUCAUCGCCAUGAAUGAGCCUGAACUUUCACAGCAAAAAACCACUUUCCGUUCAUUACAAUCACGGCGAAAACGGCGAAUAGCACUUCGCAGCCGCUUUUCGAAAAUUGAUUCAUUUCGACGAUUAGCAUGGAAUAAUACUAGUCCUAAACAGCUUGAACAUGCCGAAGCACAGCUAUUGUCAAUCUUGAAGACCAAAUUCGAUGGCCGUUAUGUCCCUAUUAUGAAUAAUCGAAUUAAUAUCUGGACGAUUUUCUCGAAUGUCAACUCGGAUAAUACUCCCAUUGUGCUUUUACACGGAUUUGGUGGGGGUGUCGGCUUAUGGAGUUUGAAUCUCGAUCAUCUAUCUUGUGAACGUCCUGUUUACGCGAUCGACUUACCGGGAUUUGGACGUAGCAGUCGACCAAUAUUUAGUCUCGAUCAUGAAGAAGCCGAAAAUCAAAUUAUCGAUAUGAUAGAAGAAUGGAGAAAGGAAAUUGGAUUAGACAGACAGUUCAUUCUACUUGGGCAUAGUUUUGGUGGAUUUCUAAGUUCUUCCUAUGCUUUAAAGUAUCCAAAAUACGUUAAACAAUUGGUGCUAAUUGACUCGUGGGGUAUUGCGCAACGUCCUGAUGAUAUUUGGCAAACAGGACGUUUACAACGUGUGCCUGUGUGGUUGAGAUCAUUUUCAUCGGUUAUGAUGAAAAUGUCACCAUUGACAGGAUUGCGAGCGGCGGGACCGUUAGGCGUUCCUGUAAUCAAAUACUUUCGCGGAGAUCUUCGAACGAAAUUCGAGAAACUGUUCAAUGACGAUCGCAUAUUAAUAUAUCUAUAUCAUUGUAAUGCUCAACUACCAACUGGAGAACAAGCCUUUCGAACAAUCAGUGAUUGCUUUGCUUGGGCUAAAGAUCCCAUGAUAAAUCGAAUUCAUUCAUUAGACGAACGAAUUCCCAUUUAUUUUCUCUAUGGUGAACAAUCAUGGUUAACUGCAGAUGCAUCUCUUGCCAUCCAAGAAAAACGGCCGAAUGUCUUCGUAGAGACUGUGAAAAACGCCGGUCAUCAUAUCUAUGCCGACGCACCCGUCGAAUUCGAAAUGUAUCUGAAGAAAAUUCUCUGCAAUAAAGAGUGA